CCGGUCUUUUGCUCCAAGAUGAUGGGACGCGAGGCAGCGCCGCACGCGCGCCUGGCGCGUUGCGUCCGCUCCCGGGCGCCGUGGCGCUGCGGUGCGCGGGGUGGAAGGGGCUUUGAUGCUCGCGGAAGGUGCGUUUCUCUGUGCGUACCGAGCCCCCCGCGGAGCGGCCGGGGGACGCGCGAAAAACACCAGCGAGAGCCGUGGCCCCCGGGAGCAGAGGCAGAGUGGGACGAUGCGGGGAGCGUUAAAGGACGGGCCAACGGCCGAGCUCCGCGGCACAGAGCGCGCCACGUUGUCCAGGGUUUCCAUCGGCGCGAUUUCAGGAGAUAAAGUAAAGCUGUUGUAUUGUGAGCCAGAGACGAUCAUGAUCCUCCUGACUUCCUCCUCUGGUUUCUUCCAGUGCACCAACAAGCUCUUUCUGAGCGAUCAGGCCACAGGGCUCCAGAUCAAGGAGUUUGCGCGUAAAAAUGCGGCAAAUGCUCUGUCAGUUGCCAACAUGGUCAUGGGCAUGGCCUCCAUUCUCAGCAGCCUCAAUGGGCACCAUCAUGCCGCAUGUUGGCUGGUUCUGAUUGGCUACCUGCUGGAUUUGGCAGAUGGAGCAGUUGCCAGGCGACUCGAUGCCUGCUCGGCACUGGGUGCGAAGCUGGAUGAUUUUGCCGACUUCACAACCUUCGGGAUCGCCACGUCGCUGCUCCUGAGGACAUCUGACCUGCUGGACAACAUCCUGUGCAUGUGUUACGUCCUGUCUGUGUUCGUCCGCCUCUGUUUCUUCUCAAGCGGGAUCCCAUUCAUGUACCGUGGCCUGCCCUGCAUCUACUCCUCUGCCAUCCUGGCCAGCGCCUCUCUGCUGUCAGGGGGAAACAUGGGCGUGCUGCGCGUCAUCGCAGUGGCCAUGAUCCUCUUCAUGAUCAGUCAGAACUUCUACCCCCAUGACAGAGUGCUGGAGUCCCAGGCCUGGAAGAAAGUUGUUUACGCCGGAGGAGUUGUCAUGGUGUUCUGCUCUUCCUUCCCCCCUGCUUGUGUGUACUAUCUGCUGUGGUCUGUCUCCUACAUUCUGUUCCCAACAUCCCUUUGGAGCAGUAAAGUGUAAAAGGGGUGGGCUGGCUUUGUCCGGCUUUGUCCAAACCUCCCAAUAGUUUUACCUCUGGCUCAUCUGGGUGAACGGAGGCUUCCAGACUGCCGCUGCUCCCUACUGCCAUGGACGAAUCAAGCUGAAUAUGCUCAAGCGCCACAGGCGAACUCUCGCUCUAUUUAACCUUUAAUUUUGAUGUGACACCUCUAAGACAGGAACAGGACAAAAGGGAGUUACAAUGAGGGAUGGGAAGGACAUUUUAAUGUUACUGGUAAGGAUUAACCUUCAUGCUGUCUUAUGUCUUUGUUGUAUUUUCACUGAAGCCAGGGGUUUGGUGGCUUGUUCCAAAAGCUGAAUUUUCAUCAAGUUUAUCUCCUGUGUAAUCUCCCAACUUCAGUAUUAAUCCAAUCCUUCAUCAUUGUUGUGAGCACGUGGCAGCCGGGCACAUCGACUCACAAGGUAACAGAAAAAGAAAUGAUUUCAAACGAAAUAGUUGCAUCCAUAUCUAAUAUAUUUUUGCCUCUAAUUUGGUUUUGAAAAGGUUUUAUUUUGUAAUCACACAGGCCACCCUAACCCCUAUUGUGAUGUCCGCGAUGUUAAGCAUAGCUAGACGAGUAACUGUCAGAGUGGUACAGUAUGUUGGCAAGGCCUGUAAUCCAUGGAUCUACAACAUGAUUCCUCAGCCGCAUUUUCCAGAUUCAAAAUUCCAAUGCCCUUUCUGGUUUAUCUAUGACACAGUGAUGAGCAUUCAUACAGCACUAUGACAAAUUCUGUGUUUACUGACAUCGGUUAAUGAUUGUAUCGGGGCUGAGGUCAAUUUACUUUCAUAGUAUUCGGGUCAGGAUGUGUCCUCGAGAGCCACGUUUUCCAUUACGUAGGGAUCUCAAACCCAGCCAGAGGAAACUUUUGAACAUGACGGUUCUGUCACUCUUAUUAUUUAAUUUGCUGUUUGAAUGUAUGUUUUAAAAAGGUUGAACUGAAUGCGAACUGACCCCAACCUUGACUUAUGUAAAUUGGGUACUCGUUUUUCUUUUAUUUAGUUUUCAGGACUUUUAGCUUUUUACCAAGUUGUGACUCUGUCCAAGAAAUGAUGUGUUAGAUUUUAGUAUUUCUUCUAUGUGUACUUUUAUUGGGUCAUUGCAUGUGUUUGCCUCUGUUUUAAGAGGCAUUGCAGUUUAAAUAUUAAAUCCACACUGAAUCCCCAUUGCCUCUCAUUGUACUUCUCUGACCACUGCCGAAUCAGCGGUGACACUGCAGUUGUUUUCCCAUCACUCGUCGGGACGCCUGCGGUGACCUUACUGAUUGCGGUGGAGUCGGAAAGGCAACAUGAGCAGAAGUUGCGAUCUGCAAGUGGCAGCGCAGCAGCAGUUUGCUGCCCCGCGCGAUUCAGUGUGAAUUUACACUUAAAGAGCAACAACACACGGGCUGCAGGUCCUGCCUUUCCUGCCAUCUAGUGGGUAAGAAUUUCACCCUGCUGCGUGUUCUGCCUCCACCUUAAAAGGUGGCUGUGAUCAGGAGUGCAGUGCAGCAGCACUGAAACUUUAAAUCCACCGUGAUCUGGGAAGGAAAGAACAAGUGUGUUGUUACUCCUUAACUCGGCCAGUAUUCAGUCGGAGGGGACAACAUGUUUUUGUAGAUGAGUCCUUUUUAGCAAGGACAACUUUUUGGCAUCGCUCAUCGUGUCUCCAAAUGGGUAUUUGUGCCGCUCUGCAUGGUGUGUGACAAAUGGGGAGAUGAUAUAGUUUUAUACGGUUUUGUUCAGAAGCUUGAUGAAGACAAAAGCACAGAGUAACAGGUAAAUACCGUAUAUCUGUUCUCACCCCCAAAAAGCUACUGACACCCCAUAUUUCAAUUUUGAUUCACUUUAUACCUUCUUCUAAUGUUCAUCUUUUAAGCUUGUAAUCAGAGGUGUCAGAGUAAAGUGUCUGACAUCGCUCGCAAUUUGAGUUCGGUGGUUUUAGUGAUUUGAACCUUGUAUAAGCCAUAACUCAUAGUGCCAACAAUGUAUGAGUUAUGCCAGUGAGUCUCCCUGACAGGAUUUUUCUGAGAGGAAAAACCGAGGAGGUGGAGCAGAAUUUCUGUUUUUAAAAAUAUUGCAUCAAAAGGUCAUGUUUGGCAUGGUUUAUAACAACCAGUGUUGUGAAGAAACUCUACAGUGUAAAGUGCAUACACGGACUGAACACAAGUCUACUCUAGAACAUUCAGUAGUGCAUUCAGCUUUCCUGUGUGGGUGUUUUUGGUUUUCAAACUGUAAAGUCACAGUGAUGUAUGCAUGCUAAGAGCACUGUAGAUACAAGAACUGUACUUUGCCCGAUGCUAAAAAAGGAAAAAAAAAAAAAAAAAA